AUGGUGAGCCUGGAGUGCGGUACCUUUGUGGUACCUUGUGUGAGGGUACCAGGGGGUCGGGCCCUGAGUUGGAGUCUCCUUUGGAGAUGGUGUCGAGAUCUCCGAACCCGGAUCACUCUCCACACCACUUGUGGACAGGCCACUGGGACAGAACAAGCGGUGGGACUUGGCCUGAUCAAUUUUACCUACUACACCAUUUGGGUAAUUCUUUCGCCGUUCGUUGACAGCCAGCAUAUCAUCCACAAGUACUUCCUCCCCGCAGCCUAUGCUGUGCUCAGCCCAUUGAUCCUGCUGCUCCCGUUUGUGGGAUUGUUCAUCACCUACAUUUAUAUAAAAUCCCAAAAAGUAACCAGAAAAUCAUAUCUCCUGAAUUUAAUUUUUAUAUCAGUUUCAAAGUCUUCAUCUAAAACUAGCUGUUGA